GACGCGCCCCUUACAAGCAUUAAUCUUUGACGAGCCUAUGGCUGCGCACGAUAAACUAAAAUGGACUAAGGAGGCUGAAACUGCGUUUGAAAACAUAAAACAAUUAAUUGCUGGAUCCACUGUUUUAGCGCUGCCUGAUUACACUAAGCCGUUCACACAAAUGGUCGAUACAAAAAAUGGUUUCAUGACCUCUGUUUUGACACAGCAGUGGGGAGCAAAAAAUAGACCAGUGGCAUUUUACAGUUCACGACUGGAUCCGGUGGCGAGAGCAACCCCCGUGUGUGUGCAGGCUGUACUCGCCACAGCAAUGGCAGUACAAGUGUCAGCUGAAGUCGUGCUUUUUCACCCACUGACUGUGAAAGUUCCACAUGCUGUCUCUCUACUGCUGUUACAAACCAACAUGUCAUUCUUAUCUCCCGCAAGACACCUCUCGUGCAUGACAGUGUUGUUAUCGCAACCACACAUCACUAUCGAGCGCUGCACUGUGCUAAACCCAUCCACUCUGUUGCCAACAGCUGAGGACGGGGUGGAGCAUAAGUGUUUGGAGAUAACACAAACGAACAUGAAACCUAGAGCUGAUUUAACUGAUCAACCGCUAAAAAAAGGUGAAAUAAUUUUCGUCGACGGAUCAGCCGUAAAAGAUAAAUGUGGUGUAAAUAAAGCAGCCUAUGCAGUGACUACCCUAACUACAAAAAUAGAGGCAAAACGUUUGCCCACUUCAUACUCUGCACAAGCAGCUGAAUUGACAGCCCUAACCAGAGCAUGUGAGCUUUUUGCAAAAAAGGAAGUAACAAUUUACACAGACAGUCAAUAUGCUUUUGCUGCGUCUCACAUUUUUUGUGUGCAUUGGAAAAUACGUGGCUACAAAACCUCUACUGGAAAACCAGUAAAACAUAAAGACUUACUUCAGAAAUUAUAUGACGCUCUUCAAUUACCAAAAAAAGCUUGCCAUUUGUAAAUGUGAAGCGCAUACUAACAAAACUGAUACUGUUUCAAGAGGAAAUGCCCUGGCAGAUGAAUGUGCAAAGGAAGCCACAGGCGUGUUCCUCUUGCAAACGGAAACUGACGAAGUCCUACAAACACGACAGCAACAAGCGUCUGUUAAAGAGAGAGACCUAUGGAAGAAACAUGGGUGCUACCUAAAAGACAAUAUCUACGUCGGUCCAAGUGGCAAACCAGUAUUACCUAAAUCUAUGUAUAAAUGGGCAGCUUUAGUGACACAUGGCCGUUGCCACGUGCCAUCGGGUGGAAUGUGUACAGUUUUACGUGAAUUUUAUACUACAUUUGGUUUUACUACCUACUCAAAAAACUUUUGCCACCAGUGCAUAAUCUGCAUUAAACAUAAUUCACAGGGACAUGCGAGACCAAAGAGAGGACAAUUCCCUUCACCCCCACAUCCGUUUCAUACAAUACACAUAGAUUUCAUCCAGUUGAACAAAGUUCAUAACCUAGAAUAUGUGUUGGUGGUGAUAGAUGUGUUCUCUAAGUGGGUCGAGCUAUUCCCAUGUCGCACGCCUGAUGCUGCUGCCGUAGCCAAAGCACUCUGUAGGCGGAUUAUCCCAAGCCAUGGAGUGCCCAGACUCAUUCGAAGUGAUAACGGAACACAUUUUGUUAAUGAGGACCCUAAAGUGAAACCAGGAGACUGGGUGUUCAUCAAAGUCGAAGACUGGGUGUUCAAUAAAGCGGAAAUCUUGGGCGGAACCUCGUUGGCAGGGGCCACACCAGGUUGUUAUAGCCACUCCUACUGCAGUGAAGGUGCUCGGCCGAAUCUCUUGGACACACAUCUCGCAUUGUAAGGUACAGGACAUUCCAGCUGCAGAGUCAACCGCUGUUGAGAGGAAAUCUGACUACAAAGGGGUCUAGAGGUAUAGAAUCUAGUCGUCUCAACGUCAGUGUUUUUACAGAGCCUCCACGGUUUAGUGACGAUGCCUGGGGGUCACGGGCCUUUGAUGUGGAGGUUGGUCCUCGGAGGGGUUUUUGCCCUCACCUUACUGAGACUGUUGCUACAAGGACUGAACAAUGACUUUUUCGUGAGAGACAAAGGAAGCCAAUACAGAAGAUGGAAAAGAUGGGUUUUGUCUGAAGAUCUGCAUACCUACAACAUAACACAUGUGUAUUCACAACAUGUGUAUUACCUUGUUUUCGCCAGCUUAUAACCAAGACUGUAACUGCUAAUAUGAAUGCUUUGCUUUUGCAAGAAGAGGCAUGUAGGCUCCUCGCUGAGGACAAUAGUGAAGUGUAAUGAUUAAUUGAUUAACCUCAUGAUCAGCAAUGAAGUUGUUACAGAAAACCUGUAUUGGAGAUGUUACAAUGGAACAGAUGAUUGUGAAAGUUACCAAUGAUAAACAGGAGGGAAAUGUAAA